AAUAUUCCUUAUAUGGAGAUGGUACUGAUAUGUCAGGCAGGUUCCGUUACUUCUUGGCCUUGCUCUCUAAACGCAGAUUGUUACGUCAGUUAGUUGACAAUGCUGAAUGCUCGGGAUAAGAGAUUCAGAUCGAAUGGAAUUGAGGGGUAAAUUAAUGACGCCAAGUUUGUAGAAAUGUGUUACACACGUGUGUAGUUAUUGAAAUGGAUACUUCACUGCCCAUCAAACUGUUCAGUGUGUAAACAACAAUCUGAUCACUGCUUUAGUGUUAGCUCUACGAGAUAUUAUUAAAUCUCUGGAUUGUAAUCCACUUCUAUAAGUCGACUGUAUGCGACAGAAGUUUCGCGGAUUUCAUCAAAAUUUAAUUUCGGAUUAAGGGGGAGAAAAUGUGUGACGACAGUAUUGCUGGGAUUGUUAUGGACAAUGGAUCUGGCAUGUGCAAGGCCGGCUUUGCAGGAGACGACGCCCCGAGGUCUGUGUUUCCAUCUAUAGUUGGCAGGCCACGACAUCAGGGUGUGAUGGUUGGUAUGGGUCAGAAAGACACAUACGUAGGUGACGAGGCGCAGUCUAAGAGAGGUAUCCUGACUCUCAAGUAUCCAAUAGAACAUGGGAUAGUGACCAACUGGGAUGAUAUGGAGAGAAUCUGGCACCACACGUUCUACAACGAACUUCGAGUGGCUCCCGAGGAGCACCCCGUCAUGAUGACUGAGGCGCCCCUCAAUCCAAAAGUCAACAGGGAGAAGAUGUUGCAGAUAAUGUUUGAAACAUUCAACACGCCCGCUUUUUACGUAGCUAUACAGGCUGUGUUGAGUUUGUACGCCUCUGGUCGUACUACUGGGAUAGUGUUAGACUCAGGAGAUGGUGUCACGCACACAGUCCCUAUCUAUGAAGGCUACGCACUGCCUCAUGCCAUCAUACGCAUGGACCUGGCUGGCCGUGAUCUGACUGACUACAUGAUGAAGAUACUCACAGAACGAGGCUACAGUUUUACUACCACCGCUGAAAGGGAGAUAGUCCGGGACAUAAAAGAGAAGCUCUGCUAUGUCGCCCUUGAUUUCGAAGAAGAAAUGAAAGCCUCUGUAAGCUCUGUGGAAAUGGAGAAAUCUUAUGAGUUGCCGGAUGGCCAAAUUAUUACCGUAGGAAAUGAACGCUUCCGAUGCCCCGAAGCGAUGUUUCAGCCCUCGUUCAUCGGCAUGGAGCAAGCGGGAAUCCACGAGACGACCUACAACUCCAUCCUCAAGUGUGACGUCGACAUCCGCAAAGACAUCUUCAACAACAUCGUCCUGUCCGGGGGAACCACUAUGUAUCCUGGGAUAGGAGACCGCAUGACGCACGAGGUCAGCAGCUUGGCCCCUGGCGCGGUCAAGGUGAAGGUCAUCGCCCCUCCAGAGAGAAAGUACUCGGUUUGGAUCGGUGGCUCCAUCCUGGCAUCUCUCUCCACCUUCCAUCAGAUGUGGAUCACAAAGGAAGAAUUUACAGAGAUUGGACCAGCCAUUGUUCACCGGAAGUGCUUUUAAUGACCGAUAGUUUGAAAUUUUGGCCUUAAAGUGUUAUUUUUUAUCCUUGAUUAUUUAAUAUAUUAAAAAAAUGUUCAGGAAAUAUAAGUUUCUGUUCAGGAAAUAUAAGUUUCUGUUCAGGAAAUAUAAGUUUUUGCCAAAAUGUUAGAUUGCCAAACAUAUUUUAAAUUCACGAAAUAUUGCCUUACACUAUCAGAAGCCUAUUCAUACCUUGAGCAAAAAAUAACAUCAAGUGUCAUUCUUUACUAGGUUCAAUGCUUUUAUGUUAGGAUAAUUUCCUUAAUAUAAUCAGAAGGUGUAGCACUGCUCUAUCUAUUACAAUAAAAAUGUAAUUGACUUGCAGCUCACAAUGAUUGUAUGUACUUGCUGUGUGUUUAUAAAUAAGUAGAUCAAGAUUUAGACAUAUCCAUGUAAUUCUGAUUACGAAAAAAUGUCGUGGAUGACCUACGAUUCUUUACCUUACAAAGUCCAUUUAAGUGAUAAAAUCAUAUUUUUUAUUACAUAUCUUUAUAUCUAAAAUAGAUAACAAUCAAGACUGUAAUAUCAUAUUAACUUUGAAACAAGUACAGAUACAGUUAUUAAAUGGUUCUGUGCCCAGUAUGAAAUGUUGCCUACCCAAUGCGUUGAAUGCAGUAGGUGAAAUUGAAUGAGCUAUAGUUAGAAACUCUUGUGUGUAUCUAUCAUAUCAUGUCUUCUUUCCAUUUGAUUUGUGUGCAUGGAGAAGUAUUUUAAUAAAGACACGAAUAAAUGUGUGCUCUUUAAAUUAUAACUUGAUCUAAAGUUAAAUUCUACAGCCAAGCAAUAAAAGUAUGUGUUUAAAACGCUUUA